UCUCUUUGUUAUGACAUAAAUAUUUACUCGUUGAUGCAAAAAACAUUAAAAUAAAAUUUAUAAAACCCCCUUAUCUUAAUCAGUGUCAUAAACAAACCGUUUAUAAUUAUUUGCUGGCAAUACUCGUCAGUUUAUCUUAUCAGUUAGCCACAAACGAAACAAACUCCAGAUACAUUUUCAUUAUAAGCCGCAACAUGGAGUUGUUAAAAGUGUCAGAGAAUGAGAAAAAGAAGGUGAGGGAGUUUUAUGAAACGGACGAGGCAAGGAUUAAGCAGGACCUUGAGAUUAUCAAGGAGUGGUACAAGAAACGACCUCAUUUACCUCAAGGUUUAAACAAUGAUGGACUCAUUGAACGUGUACUUUUGGGCUCCAAGUUCAGAACGGAGAAAACAAAAGACAAACUGGACAAUUAUUACACCGUCAAGACAGUGUACAAAGAGCUUUUCGUCGGCUUAGACAAGCUGGUGCCCAGUAAACUGGAUGCCUUGUACCUGCCACUUCCCAAACUGACUGCCGAUCAAGAAAGGAUUAUUUUGGUAAGGUUGGCCCAUCCUGAGUCUAACGAACUAAAUUUUGAAGAGUUCACCAAGAUGACGUUUGCCAUCACUGAGUUCUUCCUGAAGUACGACUAUGCCAAAGGUUUGAGGGUGGUUGCCGAUUUUAAGGGCGUGAGGUUGGAACAUAUCACCAAAAUUAACGCCUCGUUGAUGCAGAAGAUCGUGUCUGCCACCCAAGACGCCUUGGCUAAUAGGGUGCUGGGAAUUGACUUGUUCAGUACACCCUCUUACGUAAACAUUUUGUUGGGCAUCUUGAAGAGGGUGAUGAAACCUAAGCUUUUUGAAAGGAUUCGAAUUCAUGACAAUUUAGAAUCUCUUACAAUACCAAAAGAUUUGCUGCCUGAAGACUUAGGUGGUACCUUGGAGCACACGUCCAAGCUUUUAGAAAAAUGGGAUGCCGAAUUCGAAACCCACUCCAAGUUUUUAAAGGAGGAGGUCACUUUGUGUUCAGAUGAGUCCAAAAGGCAAGAGAAGUCGAAGUAUAAUGUUGUCGAUUCUUUUGGAGUGGAGGGCAGCUUCAGAAAACUAAAUUUAGAUUAGCUGUUACAAAGACAAAGACCCAGCCGCAAAUAUGACACUAAAUCCUAUAGAAGAGACUAAGUUAAAUAAAGCUUUUUAAGGUUGUUGUUGUUGUUCAAAUAAAUACCAUUAAAAACUAAAAA